AGUCAACCCUCGGAUCGCCUGGAGACUUCGCCUGGCUAUUUGGAGACUCUUCAGCAGUGGGCUGCGACGGGUGCAGAUGCCAGAGGUGGCCAUGGCCCACUGCGCCGCUCGCGCCCUCAACGGGAGGGCGCUGCUCUCGGCCCUGCAGCGCUCCGCUAAUCCGACCAUCGUUGCAGCUGGCGAGCCCGUUCCCGCCCACCAUGGCGAGCCCUGGGGCGGCGGGGCGCGGAGGCGCCGCCAGCGCUAGCGGUGCCGCGGAGGCACCAGCGCCGCCGGCGCCAGCGGGGCCGUCUGCGGCGAGCCCAAGGGCGGCGGGGCGCUCCGCAGGCGCCGCAGGGGCACCAGCGCCAGCGGCAGAGGGCUGGACGCGGCACUACGGGGGCACCACCGCCGCCGGCCUGGAGGCCCCACCGCCCUACGGGGACCCGUCCCUGGGCCUGGUGUACUGGGAUGCGCGGCACACCGAGGGCGGCGACGGGCCCUACGACUGGUACCUGGGCUUCGAGGCCCUGCGCGGGCCGCUGCUGCGCUGCCUGCCGCCCCCGAACGGCCGGCAGCGGCUGCUGGAGGUGGGCUGUGGCACCUCUGAGGUGCUGCGCUGUCUGUGGCAGAUCGGCUGGAAGAGCGCGACCGGGAUCGACAUAUCCGAGGUCGCCGUCGAGAAGGGCGCGCGCCUGGCGGAUGGCUGCGAGGGCCUCCGUCUGCUGAGGAUGGACGCUUGCGAGCUGGACUUCGAGGAUGCGAGCUUCGAUGCCGUGUUCGACAAAGGGCUCCUGGACACCCUUGCCACAAGCGGAAUGGCGGCGGCUCGCGCAGAGGCCCUACUUUCACACGUGUACCGCGUGCUGAAGCCGGGUGGCGUCUACGCUUUGGUGUCGCACAGCAAGCCUGCGUUCAGGAUGCCAUAUCUUAGGCUUGCUGAGCAUUGGACAUGGGCCAUCGAGGUCGCCAUCCCUCCCGUUAUUCUGUGCCUCUUGCACGGCGGCGGGCAUCCGAAUACCAAAGCCGCACUUCGUCGGGAGCGGUGACGACUCGCUCUACAUGUACAAGUGCACGAUGCCGGUCGUCCGAGGCUCGCCAUACAGCCUCGUGGAUUCGGCGGGCGUGACGGCUGCGCCCAGCGCUGCCUGCGCUUCCGAGAGCAGCAGCCGUGCUGCCCAUGAGAGCGGGCGCGGUUGGAACAACGAGCCUGCGGCACCCUCCGUUUUGUCGGCCUCCUCCGUUCGUAGGCACGCUAACGGCGAUGCAGGUGGCGGCGAUGCAGGUGUCCCAACAUUGCCUUUGACCUUCAUCGCCGUUGGCGUGGCCUGGGCUCAUGUCGGCGUCGUC